CGUGGGCCGGGCCUACGACACGGCGACGACGAGGAGGCAGAGACCAAGACGGCGACGACGCAGACGAUCGGCGGAGGCGCUGAAAAGAUAAACCCGGGGCUUCGAGGCGCCUGCGGGUCGGGCGCAAACCACAAGUCCCAGGGGAUCCUGAGCGUGCCUGUGUCGCAAGGCCUGAUGGGACGGGUAGUUUGGCGCCCGGCUCCACCUCUCUGAGGCUCGAGGUCUCUCCUGACCCUAGAAAUGGAGCUGGAGCAGAGAGAGGGGACCAUGGCAGCCGUGGGAUUUGAAGAGUUCUCAGCGCCACCAGGCUCAGAGCUUGCUCUGCCUCCCCUGUUUGGAGGCCACAUCCUGGAGAGUGAGCUAGAGACGGAAGUGGAGUUUGUGUCCGGUGGUCUGGGUGGUUCGGGACUCCGGGAGCGGGAUGAAGAGGAAGAGGCAGCCCGGGGUCGCAGGCGUCGCCAGCGGGAACUAAACAGAAGAAAGUACCAAGCUCUGGGUCGGCGCUGCCGGGAGAUCGAGCAGGUCAACGAGCGAGUCUUGAACAGGCUCCACCAGGUGCAGAGGAUAACUCGGAGACUCCAGCAGGAGCGCAGGUUCCUCAUGAGGGUGCUGGACUCUUACGGGGAUGACUACCGGGCUAGCCAGUUCACCAUCGUGUUGGAGGAUGAUGGCAGCCAAGGUACAGAUGUCCCCACCCCAGGCAAUGCUGAGAAUGAGCCUCCAGAGAAAGAGGGGCUUUCCCCACUCCAAAGGACACCUGCACCCUUAGACCCCAGCAGCCCAGCCCCUGGCGAGGGGCCCAGUGGGCGGAAGAGGCGGCGGGCACCCCGGGUGGGAGCCUCGUUGACCCCAGAACUGGCCCCCGUGCAGGUGGGAGCCGAGGGCUGGGGCCAAGGCGUGAUUAAGGUUGAGGACGACUUUGGCUUUGAAGCAGAUGAGGCCUUGGAUUCAAGUUGGGUUUCUCGAGGGCCGGACAAACUGCUACCCUACCCUACCCUAGCCAGCCCACCCUUUGACUAAUUCUCUCUCCCCAAUAAACAGACCCCCCACCACCACA